AUAAGAUUUUGCUGUAAAAGUUCAUAAAAAACCUAUUAUUACUAUUUAAAUAAAUCAAAUAAAUACGGUUUAAGUAAACUACAGAGAGUGAGAAUGAUCCAGCGUUAAAAACAACAGCAAGAGAGACGUUUAACAAAUAACCUUAAGCAAAUAUUGACAUAAGGUCACUACCAUUAUUACUAUUAAGUAGAUUGUACUCGAAGGAAAAAAACAAUUACUGCAAGAUUUUUGUUUUCUAAAUCUUGGGAAGUUUUAUAAUGUGUUAUGGCUACAGAACACGAUACCAAAAACAUAAUAAAAAGGCAAACAUCGUUUGUUAAUGAGACGAAAACGAAUGCCAAGGAAUGUGGUUUAGGCCAGGAGUCUUUUGCUACCAGAACGGGAUUACAUGUAAAUACAAAAGGUACAAAUACAACACGCAACAGCUGGGAAUCCUGCUACUAUUGUCCGCGAGAAAAUUUCAAAGCUGUUAGUGAGUUUGUUAAACAUUUGCGUGAACGUCACUGUACUAGGGAGGGAGGAUCCUUUGUUUGCCGCUAUGGUUUUAAUGGUGUGUGUCCCUCAUUGCCGCUGGAUGGAGUGUCAGAUCGUGACUACGAUGCUCACGUAGCCAAGUAUCAUGUAAAUCAACAAACACGCGAAAUGCCUCCCGAAUGGUCGGUAUUUUCGGCCGCCCAAAACCUGCCGGCGGUUUUAAACGAUCCCUCGCGUGGCAAACAAAGCAAUUUGUUUACCAAAAAAUGGGGCGUAGAAUUUGUGGAGCGCAACCACAUAGCCGCCUCGCCUCGUUUGCCUGAAAUCACCUGUGACGAUUUUGAAAAGUAUAUUAGCAAAAUUGGUAAACGCUAUAAACGUCAUGAACGUCUAAAUGCCCAGCAAGCGGAAGCUCUAUUGGAAGAGUCUGCAGGUGUGACGGUACCCAAAGGCACUGUUCCUUCGUCGCCCACACAUGAAGCAAAUUUGAGUUCCAUACCCGAAAUAUUUCUCAAAGACACUUUAAAUUUGCAACAUGCUCCCACUUUUGCUCAGGUGUUUCCGCGUUUAAUGCAAAAUCCGGGGGGAGAGGAAAGACGACAAACGGGGCGCCUGCUGCAGGAGCAACUGUCUCAUUAUUUGGAUAUUGUGGAGGUGAAAAUAGCUCAACAGGUCUCACAAAAAUCAAAGGCUUUCUUUCAUGCCAUGACUUCACAAGAUGCCAUCAUGAGUGAAAUGCAAGAGGCCGCCAAAAGGGUACAAGCUUUAAGGUCGGCUUUACGCAUUCUAAAUGAAACUGUUGUAGUGGAUACAUUCCGAGUUUUGCGUUUUGCUCAACGACGUCAAAAUUUCGAAAAAGUUCUCGAUAAACUAUGUCUAAUGGCGACGGUUCACAAAACCCAGCCCAUGCUGCAAUUGUUAUUGGGCACCCAAGACUAUGUGGCGGCUCUAGAUUUAAUAGGUACUACACAGGAGAUUUUGGCCCAGGAACUGAUCGGGGUGCAUUGUUUCAAACACUUGCCCAUGCAACUCAAUGAAAUGGAGAAACUGAUAGACAAAAUGUUGACUACAGAAUUUGAACGUUACACCACCACCGAGUUGAAUAGACCGCUGCAGGAUGUUUUGAAAGAAACGGACAGUGUGUGUGCGGAGGAAGAUAAACUGGUGUGUAUAGUGAUGGGUUUGCUGAGGAAAAAGAAUUUCAGCUUUGUGGAGGCCUACAAAGAUGAGGCCAUAGUUACUAUACGCACCAUAAUUAAGCAAUUGGUCAUAGAGUUUAUAGCCAACAGUGAUGCAGAGAUUUGUUUAACGGGCGCCGGAGAAGAAGCUCAGAAUCUUUCGUUUAGUGAGUGGAUAAGUUUGCUGGCCAAGGCCUCGGUAGCUUUGUUGAUGGUAUUGCAGCGCAUACAAGCGGUAACACAUAUAAUGCGUCAAACAACCGAUGCUGCAGCCGGCCGCCCUUUCAACAAUGGUGUGGAAAAUCAAGAGGCUGCUGUGAAUCUUAUAGAUUCAGAGGCUUUUCUAACUGCCUCCGAUCAGUCUCUGGUUCACGAAAAACUAGAUGAGUUGCUGAUAGCAGUGUGUCAUUACUGUCAUGAACGCUGUGCCAAUAUGGUGUCCCAACAGAGUCUGGAAAAGUUUGUGGCCACAGCCGAAGAAAUUGCCCAGUUGUCGUCUUUGGUGGAUGACUUCACCGAAGGCUGCCAGGCCAUAUGCGGUGUUACAAAUGUGCCUUUAAAAGUUGCCCUCAAAGUCCAAGCUUCACGUUAUGCCAAUCGUUUUCAUAGCGAACGCAAGAAGAAAUUGGCUUUACUGUUGGACACGGAACGUUGGCGUCAGGUGGAUAUACCCAAUGAAUUUCAAAAGAUUAUCGAUCGCAUAGCUGAUAAUAAAGAGUUUUUGGUGGAUGAAUCUAAUCAUAAAGCCACAGGCGUUACUCUAAAUGGCCAUGUUGCAACAAUGCCACUUAAUAACUCAUCAUCACAGGCCAAUCCAGUAUUAUUGGUGGACAAUAAACCUUAUACUUUGGUGGGUUCGGCUCUUUUGCUAGUGCAAAUGUUGUGUGAAUAUUGCCGUUGUGCCCAACGUUUGCCCAUAGUUGCGGGCUAUUUGUCGCGCAAUGUGGUGGACUUGCUGAGGAACUACAACUCGCGCUCUUGUCAGCUGGUCAUAGGGGCCGGGGCUUUGCGUGUAGCUGGUUUAAAAACAAUUACCAGCACUAAUUUGGCUUUGGUAUCACGAGCUCUGCAAUUGAUUUUAUGGCUGUUGCCUAAAAUUAAAAAUCAUUUUCAGCAUUUAGAUGCUGCUAGUGUAACGGGCUACGAUGGCAUAGAGCGAGAGUUGCAAAGUCAUGUGAAAGAAAUUGAAAAUAAAAUCUAUACCAUUGUUAUGGAACGUGUAACAAUGCAAUUGGAAGCAUGGGAUGCCCGACCACCCAUACCUUCGCAAUCAUUUCGCAUUAUUUCCAGACACUUGGUGAAAUUGCAUGAAGCCAUUGCACCCAUACUGCCGGAACAACAGAUACACUCCAUGUACGGCAUAGUGCAUCGUAAUUUCAAAGACAAACUAAGGGAACAAUUGCUGAAAUUGAAUAUCAACAACAAUGGCGGUCCACAGCAUGGUGUGGUGACCUCUGAGUUAACCUUCUAUAUGGAAACAUUGCGUACAUUGAAGGCUUUGCCUUUGGAAGAGCUGGACGAUAGCAUACAAGAAAGUAUUUGGAUUUUCUAAAACAAAGUCUGGUGGCAUCAUAGUGUUUAGUUUUGUUUUUAAUUUUAUUGCUCCUGGUAGUUGUUAAGUAGGUUCCUUUCUAGUUUGUUUCUACGUUUUAAAUUGUUUUUAGUUUUUUUUUUUUGUUGAAAAUUUUAAAACCCCCCAGUUUAACUAUUAUUUUUGGCCUUAACUUAUUUAAGGUCUGGUUAUUUUUUUGUAACAAAUUUAAAGCAUUCUUUCCACUACUGUACAUCACAUUAAUUUUUGGAGAUAUUUUGGUAUUUCCGUUUGAAAAAUUCUUGAUUUUCUUGAAAAAUUUCGAUUUUUGAAAAGUGAAAAUAAUUCGGAAAAUUGUGUAAGUUUAUGUAUUCAUAUCUUGUAAAGCUGUAGUCGGAUUUUCUUGAUAUAGCAAUGAAAUGAAAGGUUAUUUUAACAUCUUUAAAUUUAUCAGCUAAUGCAAAUGCAAUCUUCUGAUGCAUUUUUUUUACAAAUUUCUACUCUUUCAAUUUAUAAUUUAUUAAAAUGUGAAAUGUUAAAUACAAGAAGGACCACUAUGCUUAAACAUUUGUUUGGUUCAAAAAAUAACCAGAUUUUGACAGAAUGGGGUCUUAUGUUAUUUUGUUUUCACUCGAUUUUGAAUGUUUUAGAAAAAAAAUUCUAAAUUUCGUCAACACAUUUUGCAGCUCAUUUGUUGUGUAAAUGAAAUUUGCUUUUAUUACUUGUAAUAGUUGUAAAAUUAAUCUACUAUUAUUGCAUACACUAAUGAUACGAUAAUUUUAAAAUAGUUUAGAUUUAAUAAAACAAAAAAAUGAAACGAUAACAAAACACACACUUAAUUCAAGAUGUAUAUUUUACCAAUUUAUAACACUUUGUAGGUUAACAAUUAAUAUCCGUAAUAAUUCAAUUAAAUUUUAUUGAAAACUCUCUACAACAUUUGUAAAAAAAAAAUAAAAUAAAACUGUAAACCCCGGAACAUUUUAAUGCUUGUAAUUUCAUCUUCUCUCCAAAAACAUUUUAUUCCACAUUAAUGGCUUAAUUGAAAUCUAUUUACAAAACCACAAAACAUUAACAAAUAAAGUCUUACCAAAAUGAUAUGUUGUCGACAAAAAAAAAAGAAAAUAAAACAAAUGAUUAUAACAAUAAAUAAAUAAUAGUUUAAUAAAUAAAUACAAUUAUAAAGAAAAA